UCUCACCUCUGCCCAGGUAGAUCAAACACAACUUCAACCGCAGAAAUAAGAGCUAAACUCUACCGCGCGCUUCCUUCGCGCUCUCCACCCAGCGCAUGCGCAAACACACACAGAGAGAGAGAGAGAGAGAGAGAGAGAGGUCUCUCUUGUGAAACGCAGAGUAUCAGGACAAACCUGCAGUAUGGAGGAACCGCGCAAAACACACCGAGAUGAUUUGGUUCUGUUUGUAAAUGGAAAAAAGAUCAUUGAACAUAAUGCUGAGCCAGAGAUGACCCUGUUGACCUUUCUCAGGAGAAAGUUGGGUUUAAAAGGGACUAAACUGGGAUGCGCUGAAGGUGGAUGUGGUGCCUGUACGGUGAUGGUGUCCAAAUUCCACCCACAACAUCACAAUAUUGUUCACCAGGCUGUUAAUGCAUGUCUGGCACCGUUAUGCUCAUUGCACCACUGCGCAGUCACUACAGUGGAAGGAAUCGGCAGCGUAGCCAGUAAACUUCAUCCUGUUCAGGAACGGAUUGCUAAGGCUCACGGAUCUCAGUGCGGUUUCUGCACUCCGGGACUUGUCAUGUCCAUGUAUGCCCUCCUGAGGAACAGCGCCCAGCCUACAAUGCAGGACAUCGAGGAGGCCUUUCAAGGUAAUCUGUGUCGUUGCACUGGGUAUCGACCUAUACUGGAGGCCUACAAGACCUUCACCAAGGGCGGAGGAUGCUGUGGAGCAAAAGGAAAAUCCAAAGACUGCUGUUUGAACAGUGAAGACACAACGGAGCAGGGAGAUUGGGGACAACAACUGUUUGACCCAUCAGAAUUUAUGCCACUGGAUCCAACACAGGAAAUCAUCUUCCCUCCAGAACUGAUGAGUCUUUAUAAGACCCCGCGACGUCAGCUGAGAUUUCAUGGUGAAAGAGUUUUAUGGAUUCAGCCCAGUUCUCUGGAAGAACUUCUGGAGCUAAAGUCAUCGUAUCCUUCAGCCAAGCUGGUGGUGGGGAACACUGAAGUUGGUAUUGAGAUGAAAUUUAAAAACCUCCUGUACCCUGUGAUUUUGGCACCAGCCUACAUCCAAGAACUCAACACCAUCCAGUACACAGAGACUGGGAUCGAGUUUGGUGCGUCUGUGACACUGACUGCGUUGAAGGAGGUGCUGAGUGCGGCGGUGAAGAAGCUCCCCAGCUACCAAACAGAGGUUUUCCAGGCCGUACUGGAGCAGCUGCACUGGUUCGCAGGACAACAGAUUCGAAAUGUUGCAGCUAUUGGUGGAAAUAUUAUCACAGCAAGUCCUAUCUCAGACCUUAACCCUGUGUUCAUGGCUGUGGGUUCUAAGCUAACUCUAACGUCCAAAGAGGGCAAACGUGUGCUUGAGAUGGACGACAAGUUCUUCCCCGGUUACAGGAAAACUGCUUUAAAACCAGAUGAACUUCUGUUGUCUAUUGAGAUUCCAUAUACGAAAAAGGGCCAGUAUUUCUCAGCCUUUAAGCAAUCACUUCGCAAAGAGGACGACAUCGCCAUUGUCACGUGUGGGAUGAACGCGGUGUUUGAGGAGGGGAGCAGCGUGGUGCAGGACAUCCGACUCAGUUACGGCGGAAUGGCGCCCACCACUGUUCUCGCAAAAACGACAUGCCAGAGACUAAUUGGCAGACAGUGGAACGAGGAGCUGAUGCAGGAUGCGUGCUCUUCCUUGGCUGAAGAGAUGACCCUGUCUCCGUCCGCGCCGGGUGGCAUGGUGACAUAUAGACGCACACUGACGAUCAGUCUGUUCUUCAAGUUCUACCUCACCGUCCAGCACAAACUGGCUCAGGAGUACGUCUUUGUACAGGAUGUCAGACCAGAUUUUGCCAGUGCUAUCGAAAACUAUCACCAGGACUCACCGUGCAGUGUUCAACUGUACCAGGCGGUCCCUCCUGGUCAGAGCCCAGAUGAUGUGGUGGGUCGACCUGUAAUGCACCUGUCUGCUCUGAAGCAGGCCACCGGAGAGGCCGUGUACUGUGACGAUAUUCCUCACUAUGAGAACGAGCUCUAUUUGGCCCUCGUCACCAGCACUAAAGCUCAUGCUUUUAUUAAAUCUAUUGAUAUUGAUGAUGCCAUGGCACUUCCAGGAGUGGUUACAUUUGUCUCUGCCAAGGACAUUCCUGGCAGCAAUAAGACCGGCCCGGCUGUGUAUGACGAGACUGUCUAUGCUGAUGAUAAGGUCACAUGUGUGGGUCAUAUCGUGGGAGCCGUUGUAGCAGACACACAAGUCCACGCCCAGAGGGCGGCCAAAGCUGUGAAGAUCUCAUAUGAAGAAUGUCAACCUGUUAUUGUCACCAUACAGGACGCCAUUGCCAAUCAGUCAUUCUUCCAGCCAGUGAGAACAAUAGAGCGAGGAGAUCUUACGCAGGGCUUCCAGGAGUCUGAUAGCGUCCUACAAGGUGAAAUUCACAUGGGUGGACAGGAACAUUUUUACUUGGAGACAAACUGCACGCUCGCUGUCCCUAAGGGAGAGGACGGAGAAAUGGAGCUGUUUGUGUCCACGCAGUCGGCCAGCAAAACACAAAGUCUUGUGGCCAAAGCGUUAGGAGUACCAGCCAGUCACAUCGUGUGUCGAGUAAAGAGAAUGGGAGGAGGAUUUGGAGGGAAAGAGUGCCGCAGCACCAUGCUCUCAACAGCCGUGGCUGUCGCUGCUCACAAAGUCAGGAGACCAGUCCGUUGCAUGUUAGACCGUGAUGAGGACAUGCUGGUUACUGGAGGUCGACACCCAUUCUUUGGAAGAUACAAGGUUGGAUUCAAGAAGAACGGAAAAGUUAUGGCUCUGGAUGUGACCUACUACAGCAACGCGGGAAAUUCCCUGGAUCUCUCCCUGUCUAUUAUGGAAAGAGCACUAUUUCAUAUGGACAACUGCUACAACAUACCUCACAUUCGUGGCACUGGUUACAUGUGUAAAACUAAUCUGCCCUCCAAUUCUGCAUUUCGGGGCUUUGGUGGGCCUCAGGGAAUGAUGGUAGCAGAGAGCUGGAUAAGUGACGUCGCUCUAUCUUGUGGCCUCCCUGCUGAACAGGUGAGGAAGAUGAAUCUGUAUAAAGAGGGAGACUACACCCCCUUUAACCAGUGUCUGGACCAGUUUACCAUACAGCGCUGCUGGGAUGAGUGCAUGACCAUUUCAGACUUCCACCAGUGGAAGGCCAAGGUGAAACAGUAUAAUGAGCAGAAUCGCUGGACCAAAAGAGGGUUGUCCAUCAUUCCUACCAAGUUCGGCAUCAGCUUCACUGCAGUCUUCCUCAAUCAGGCAGGAGCACUGGUUCAUAUCUAUACAGAUGGUUCAGUCCUUCUUACCCAUGGAGGAACAGAGAUGGGACAAGGCCUGCACACCAAAAUGGUUCAGGUCGCCAGCCGAACUCUGGGAAUCCCCAACACGAAGAUUCACAUCAGCGAGACCAGCACUAACACGGUCGCAAACACAAGCCCUACUGCUGCAUCGGCUUCAUCAGACCUCAAUGGCAUGGCUGUCUAUAAUGCAUGUCAGACGCUGCUGCAAAGACUCGAGCCAUACAAAGCCAAAAACCCGAAGGGAACCUGGGAGGACUGGGUGACGGCAGCGUACUUUGACAGGGUGAACUUAUCAGCCAAUGGGUUUUAUAGGACCCCAAAUAUUGGCUACGACUAUAAAACUAAUUCUGGUCGCCCAUUUAACUAUUUCUCUUACGGCGUGGCGGCCUCAGUGGUGGAGAUCGACUGCUUGACUGGCAGACACAAGAACCUGCACACUUCAGUUGUUAUGGACGUGGGCAAAAGUCUGAACCCAGCGCUGGACAUCGGUCAGGUGGAGGGUGCGUUCAUGCAGGGCGUGGGUCUUUUCACACUUGAAGAGUUGCGCUACUCUCCAGAAGGUUUCCUCUACACCCGUGGACCUGGGAUGUAUAAGAUUCCUGCUUUUGGAGAUAUUCCAACUGAACUUAAAGUCUCGCUACUUAGAGAUUCCCCAAAUGAGAGGGCUAUCUUCUCCUCCAAGGCGGUUGGUGAGCCCCCGCUCUUCCUGGCAGCGUCGGUCUUCUAUGCUAUAAAAGAUGCCAUCACAGCUGCCAGGGCGGAGUCUGGCCUUACAGGAGCCUUUAGACUGGACAGCCCUGCUACACCCGAGAGAAUACGCAACGCUUGUGAGGACAGAUUCACCAAACUCUGUCCUCCUUCAGAGCCGGGAACUUACACACCGUGGGAUGUCAAGGUUUAAGACACAGAAGUCCUAAAUGUGUGGUGCUUACUGCUGAACAUUCAGUGCCUCUUACUGCUCAUAUCUAAAUCCAAAGACUCUUGUUCUGUACAAUUACUGAUGACCAAAAUUGAUUCGAAUAUUCAUUAAAAUCAUAUGACUUUG